AUGAUUUCAAGAAAAUUUCUUAACAAAGUAGAUACAUGUGUUAUUGGACAUUGUGGUAGCAAAACAAAGUUAAAUGCAUGUCAAUCUAAAAGAGAUAAUGGUGUUUCAGUUAAUAAAAUUGAAUUUGGAAUAAAAUCAAAAGAAGUUGGUGACCAAAAAACACGAUAUACUAUUAUACCUCCAUUGAGAAAACGAUAUGGAUUCAUUAGAUUAUUCCAACAAAUAAAUACCAAUCAAAAAAAAAUAGAGCUGCAUAAUAUUUCUAUUCAUUUAAAAUUUACUAGUUAUCAUAAUAAAAGCAGACAAAGCAGAAUUAGAAUAUCUUCAAGUAUAGAUAAUGAAACUAACAAAUUACAAUAUACAAAUAUAACUCCAAUGUUGGAUACAAUAAUCUUGAAACUUUUUAUUGUUGAAAUAUGUUUUAAAGAUGCUGCAAAAGAUAAAAAUAUGGCUAUUGGUGAUAUUAUUAUUGAUGCUGCUAAUAUAAAUGAUAUACAAUUUAGAGAAUAUAUUAAUCUAGUAUUAGCUACAGAAAUUGAAAUUCCCUGUGAUGGUUGUGAAUUUCAAGAAUAUAAAGCAAUUUUAUGUUUAAAUUUAAAUAAGUUAAAUGUUUGUAAGUUAGAAAAUAAUGAAAAUGAUACUAUUUUAUUUGAUAAAGGAAAUUAUGCAUUUGUUAUUUUUGUUGAUUAUUUUGAUUGGAUGUAUAAAUUUAAAUUUGAAAGGAUAGUCGAUUUCAAGCUAUUGAAUUGGGCAUGGAAGCCUGAUUUUUCUGGAGGUGAUACAUUGGAUAAUUUAGAGUGUUGUUAUCAAAAAUAUAUAUAUAAACCAAACCUUUUUGAUACUGAUAGUGAAUAUUAUAAUUAUUUGUUAAUAAAUAUUGCAAAACUUAAUUCACAAACAGAAAAUUAUGAUUAUAAAAGACUUAAAGAAAAGAUAAAAAAUACUUUUGAUUUAAAUUUACUAAAAACAGGAGGUCAAAUUGAUAAUAAGAUAGAAAAUUCUUUAACAUUAACUACAACUCAAAAAGAUAAUUUGCAAAAAAAAUGGCUUGAACAAGAACGAAUAGUUCAAAGAUACAACAAUCUACAAGAUAAUAUUAAUGAUGAAACUCAAAUUACUAUUGAUACAAUACUACCAAAUAAUUUAAAAGAACAACUUAAUAAUAUACGUAAAGAACAUUUAUCAUUAUUAUUAUAUAAUCAAAAAUAUAAUGAAUUUGUAGAACAAAUACAUAAUAAAACAGAUUUAGAAAAACUAAAAAAUGAAUGUAUUAGAAAAAUUAAUGAAUCAGAUUUUACAGAAGAUGAUAAACAAAGUCUUCAUGAAAUACAAGAAGAAUAUUGGUAUAGAGAAAUACAACGAAGCAAAAAUUUACUUGAACCUCAAUGUGUUGAAUUAAAUAUUUUAAGAGAUGAAACCUUAAAAAAACUAUCAAACAAAUAUUAUGAUGAGCUAGAAGAAGAGAUACUAAAAAUUGAUUCAGAUACAAUAUUACAAGAUAGAGCAAGAAUAGAUAAUAAAAUUUGA